GAUUGCUAUAGUGUUUGUGUGUUAGUCGGCGUUCUUCAAUUUCAUCAUUGUUCACAAUAUCAUUGUACAAAAGUAUAUCGCAAGUGUUCCCGCAAAGAAAUUACCGAUAUUUCGAAAUAGCAAAAAUGGUCGAAAAUAAUGGAAUUGAAUUGACGGAAGACGAAGCUGAAUUGUACGAUCGUCAAAUUCGUCUUUGGGGUUUGGAUUCACAAAAACGUAUUCGUGCCGCACGUAUACUGAUUUGCGGUUUGAAUGGUUUGGGUGCUGAAGUUGCGAAAAAUAUCAUUUUGUCUGGUGUCAAGUCAGUGGCAUUGUUGGACGACAAAUUGGUGAGCCAAAGUGAUUUUUGUUCGCAGUUUUUGGUUUCGCACGACAGCAUUGGACAGAAUCGUGCCGAAGCGUCACUAUUCCGUGCUCAAGCAUUAAAUCCGAUGGUUGAAAUCGUCGUAGAUAAGGAAAAUGUGUGCGAAAAGCCCGAUGAAUAUUUCCAUCGUUUCGACGUUGUCAUUCUGAUUGAAGUACCGUCAUCAAUUUUGGUUCGUGUUGACAACAUUUGCCGUUUGCAAGGCAUCAAAUUUUUCUGCGGUGACGUUUGGGGCAUGAAUGGAUACUCUUUCACCGAUUUGCAAGAGCAUGAAUUUGCUGAAGAAAUCACGAAAUACAAGGUUUUGUCGGAAGAAAAUCAAAAGCAAAAACGUGAAACCGUCAAAUCGAACAUCAAACGAACAUUGGCAUUCCCACCACUACAAGAUGUGUUCGAUUUUGAUUUCAAUGCACCAUUUUUCACACGAAAAUUGAAACGAACUGGUCCUGCAUACGUCACCACAAAGAUUUUGCAACGUUUCCGUGAUACUGAAAAGCGUGAUCCAAAUCCAGCAACUCGAAAUGAUGACUUGCAAAAAUUGUUCGCCAUUCGCGAUGAAAUCGCCAAAGGCUUGGUCCCAGACUCAGCUUUCGUCCAUGUUUUCGCACAAGUCUCACCGGUGGCAGCUAUCGUUGGCGGCGAACUGUCACAAGAAGUGAUCAAGGCUGUUUCACAAAAAGAACCACCACAUUUGAAUGUAUUCCUAUUCGAUCCAGUCAAAUGCUGCGGAUUCGUUGAACCGAUCGCUGUCUAGGCCGUAUCAAUUAUCAAUAUCCAUAUAAGAUACAGCAUAUUCAUAACUAUUCAUAUUAUGUAUUUCAGUGGAGCAGUUGAUCGUCUCUUCUGAAUUUAUUUCUAACAAAUAUCUUUGAUUCUCAGAAUAAAACAAAAACUUUUCAUAUUUCAAAUAAAAUACAAAUCAUUUGAUUGUUGGCCAAUUUAA